AUGCAGACUUGGGACGUCAAACUUGUUGGGUCUGGUCUCAGGAGGGAACCUCGAUGGAAGCUUCGGUUACUAUCAGUCACAAUUCCGUCAUUGCCCCACCUCAAGCUACCCCAGUUUCGGCUGUAUGAACUGUUGUCUGGGCCGCCAGCUGGCACGAGCGUCGCUGACCUAACAGAGGCGCACUGCCCCUCCAGGAUGUUUCGCGUCCUCUCGAAGCCCAAAAUUCAGGGACCAGUCGAGGUUGGACUUGCGGUUGGAGUUUCUUUCAUUCUUUGCAUUGGAUCGCCUCACUACCGCGUCGUCAUUAUGUCUUACUACGACAUUGACUCUAUUCUCACCGACGCAGAGAAAAUCCCAUGUACCUUCCAGCUCGACAUUCCUGACCUAGGCUACCUUGACAACACCCCGAACCAACCCCUCAAAGCCGGAACAAAAGUUAACCUCCCACUAUGGCUCGCCGAAAUGCUUGUCAUCGCCAACACCGGCGGUCCCGAUAACAAGACCUUUGUCACAUUCGACCUCCCCCGAGCUCUCGGAAACGACGUCGUUCAAGCCCUCAAAGCCGACCCUCGAGCCGUCCCAUUACGCGACCAGAGCGCCCAUUUUUACGGGCUUGCAACACACAUGAUGGAUCUAUCUGAGGAACAAGAGCUGGGGAGUGUCCUGCGCAAGACGUUCGUCACUCGCGCUGCCGAGAUCUCAUUACAUGCUCGCAAGGUUGGGGGCGUCAGCACUAAAGGGAAAGGGAAAGAGGAGGGGAGUAAUCUUGGGAUUGGUGGUGCUGGUGAGGAGUUCCUCAGAGGGCUGGACGAGUGGGAGAGGAAGCUCUUCCGCAAGGCGCACGACGGCGCCAAGUCUGGGAAGGAGUGGAUGGACAGUAUCAAGAAGAACUGA